UGGAUUGGUGUGCACUCCUGAUGCCCCCUUCUUUUAAAAAGCUCCUGUCUCAGCCACUCAACUCUCAUGAGGAGGAGCAGGGGGGAGACUCUGAGACUCUGCUUGACCGGCAGCAUCACUCACACCUGAGGAACCACGCUCAGCUGCGCCUGAGAGCCCAGGAACCGGCCGUUUUGAUUCUUCCUGAGUCUAUAUCGAUGCUGUAGGGGAUCGGAGAGAAGCCGACGCCGUCAUCGCUGAGAACUUCAGCAAAAUGUUGGAAUUAAAAAAGCUGGCCCUCCUGCUGUCUUUUCUGACCUCUCUGGCUCUCGGUCAAGGAUCUUUGAGGACCAGGAGCACUUCAGACAGGAUCAGAAGGAUGGACUUAAACAGCUUCUCUGGUCCGCUGACAACAGGAGUGACCGAGUGGACCUCUUGGUUCAACAUCGACCAUCCCGGUGGGAACGGGGACUACGAGCGGCUGGAGGCCAUCCGCUUCUACUACAGGGAGAGGGUCUGCGCUCGGCCCACGGCCAUGGAGGCCCGCACCACGGAGUGGGUGGCGGCCGCCGACACCGGAGAGGUGGUGCACUCCAGUCUGGAGAAGGGCUUCUGGUGCAUCAACAAGGAGCAGCCGCACGGACGGGUCUGCUCCAACUACCACGUCCGCUUCCAGUGUCCCCCAGUGCAGAGCUACUGGACCGACUGGGCCGAGUGGGGCCCCUGCUCCACCGCGGCCUGCGAUGACGUGGGCAUCCAGGUCCGUCAGAGGAAGUGCGUGAGCGCGCAGUCCAUGCCGCUCCUCUUCGUUCCGGCGUGCCAGGGCCACCACUCAGAGAGGAGGGAGUGCUCCACCCCUCCGUGCACAGCCAAGUGGAGUCCCUGGGGCCGCUGGGGGACGUGUUCAGUGACCUGCGGGGGGGGUCGCAGGACCAGGAGACGGACCUGCGUCAGAACCUCGGUGACGGUGACCUGCAAAGGACGGCCUGUGGACGUCCAGAAGUGCGGGAAGAGACCGUGUCCUGUGCAGUGCCAGCGGGUGUGUGUGGAGGGCCGUCCCAGUGAGGACUGCAGCCGGUGUGUGUGUGAGGGACACGUGCUGCGAGGGGCCGUCCGCAGCCUGACCGGAGUCCCCGUGGCGGGAGCCAGCGUGGCUCUGGCUAGCCAUCCCAAAGACGUCCGCGCUCACACUGACCAGAAAGGGGAGUUCAGCCUCACUGGAGUCUGCUCCUCCAGCUCAACGUCGGUCACCAUCAGGAAGGAGAAGUUUGCCCCUAUGGCCGUCUCUACCUCAAGCAACUCUACGGGUGUGUCCUGGCUGCAGGCUGUCCUCAAAUCAGCCGAAAAGCCGUAUAUCGUGAAGCACCCAGAGGACAAAGUGCGCUACGAGGGGGGGCGGGUGCAGCUGUGCUGCGCGGCCACGGGAUCUCCAGCACCCGACAAAUACUACUGGUACCACAAUGGGACUCUGCUGGACAGGAAGGUGUACAAUUAUGAGGAGGACCUUGUUCUUCGGGAUCUAAAAUUAGAGCAGACGGGAGAGUAUUACUGCAAAACCAGCAGCCCUGCAGGCAGCAUCAAGUCAUCCCCGGCCCUGCUAACUGUCAUUGCAAAAGGAACACCGGCAUGCAAUUCGGCUCCUGAAACGAACCUCGUCAGGCUCCCGAUGGACUGUGUUCAGCCCGGAACCACCUCCAAGUACUACAACGCUGGCCGCUGCCCUCACAACAAAUGUGCCGGUUCUUUAGAUUUUGACAUGCGCUGCCGAGAUGGAGAGGGCUUCUGCUGCGGCGUUCAGCAGAUGGAGAGCCGAGUCAUUGACUGUGGUAGGUAUAACCUUCCGAUCCGGGCUGUGACCCGGUGCAGCUGUCAGAAGUGCGUGCAGCCCACGGUGCUGGUGCGCGGCAGGGUGGUCACGGCCGACAAUGACGAACCGCUCCGUUUUGGACACGUCUACAUUGGAAAAGAAAGAGUGGGGACCACUGGAUACCAAGGAGGCUUUACUCUGCAAGUCACCCCUGACACGGAAAGACUAGUGGUCAAUUUUGUCGACCCAAAUCAGAGGUUUCUGGAUACUCCAAAGGUGUUCGUGUUUGACAAGAAAAGCGGAUCCAUUUAUCACAACGUAAAAGUGAUGAGAAAACAGAUCCCGAUUGAUAUCAAUGCAGCAGAGACCAAUUUUAUUGACCUAGGCGAAAUUGAAGGUGAAGACCCUAUAGGACAGUUGGUCAUUCCUCCAAAUUCUUUCCAUAAGGACAAUGGAGAAAUCUACGAGGGGACUGUGAAAGCUAGUGUCACGUUCAUUGACCCGAGAAACAUCACAACAGCAGCUGCAACCCCUGGUGACCUGAACUUCGUAGAUGAUGAGGGUGACAUGCUCCCUCUGAGGACCUAUGGCAUGUUUUCCGUAGACUUCAGAGAUGAGGCCAACAAGGAGGUGCUUGGGGCUGGAGCAGUCCAAGUCCUGCUCGACACACAGCAUGUUAAAAUGGAGGAGCACAUUCCCAAAAUGAAGCUGUGGUCCUUAAACCCAGACACCGGGGUUUGGGAGGAAGAGACGGACUUCUCGUACAGCAAGGCCACUGCCGGAGGUCAUGGACGAAGCAAGCGUGAGGAACGCACCUUCCUGAUUGGCAACAUGGAGAUAAGAGAACGUAGGCUCUUCAACUUAGACGUGCCUGAAAACAGGCGCUGCUAUGUCAAAGUCCGUGCUUACAUGAGUGACAAAUUCUUACCCACUGAGCAGCUGGAGGGUGUUGUGAUCAGUCUAAUAAACCUUGAGCCCAAACCCGGUUACUCAUCUAAUCCCCGAGCGUGGGGCCGCUUUGACAGUGUCAUAACUGGGCCCAACGGAGCCUGUUUACCAGCUUUUUGUGAUGCAAUGAGGCCUGAUGCUUACACAGCCUAUGUCACAGCAAUGCUGGGUGGAGAGGAGCUGGAGGCGGCUCCCUCCUCCCCAAAGAUGAAUCCAAACAUCAUCGGAGUGUCUCAGCCCUAUCUGGAUAAGAUAGACUACCAGCGUUCAGACCACGAGGAUCCGGCUCUGAAGAAAACAGCGUUCAGAAUCAACCUCGCAAAGCCAAAUCAAAACAAUCUCGAUGAGACCAAUGGACCAAUUUACCCAUAUCAGAAUUUGAUUGCGUGUGAAAAUGCCCCCGUGGAUGCAAAUCAUUUCCGAUUCUUUCGAGUGGAAAAGGACAAAUAUGAAUACAACGUUGUUCCCUUUGAGGAGAACGACUUGACGACCUGGACAGGGGACUAUCUCUCCUGGUGGCCGAACCCCCAGGAGUUCAGAGCAUGCUUCAUCAAAGUUAAGAUUCACGGCCAGAGGGAAGUGAUGGUCAGGUCAAGAAACAUGGGAGGAUCACACCCAGAGACGAAGGGCAAGCUUUAUGGCAUUAGGGACAUUCGCAGCACCCGUGACAUGCGAGAGGCUAACACCUCAGCUGCCUGUGUUGAGUUCAAAUGUAGCGGCAUGCUGUUUGAUCAAGCCCAGGUGGAUAGAUCCCUGAUAUCAUUGCUUCCACAGGGCAACUGUCGCAGGAUCAACACAAACAGCCUCCUACAGGAGUAUCUCACUAAACAUCCACCAGUCGCUCACAACAACGAGUCACAUGCAUUCACCAUGCUGGCACCAGUUGAUCCUUUAGGACACAACUACGGCAUCUACACUGUCACAGACCAGAACCCCAGAGUGGCAAAGGAGAUCGCCAUUGGGCGCUGCUUUGACGGCACCUCAGAUGGUUUCUCCAGGGAGAUGAAGUCAGAUUCCGGAGUGGCACUGACCUACAGCUGUCCGGAGCGGAAGAUUAACAGGGAAAGCCUCUUCCAGCGACUGCAGACCAACCCAGGUCAGACACUGUCUCAGAUGGCGAGGGACAUGAGGGAGCUGGAGGGUCUGCAGGUGCAGAGAUCAUCCACCCAGGUGGUGGCUUAUCCCUCAGAGCAGCGGGGCAGGGCCCAGAGUCGCCGAGUAGGCUCCACAGCCAGGAGGAGAGCGUCCAUCCAAGCACAGCAGCGCCAAUAGAAGUCCAAAGAAGUCAUUAGCGGAGGCUGACAAGACGGCAUCAAGUCUGGACAGUAAAAGUUAUUUGUGACAUAAGGAGUAUGAAUUCCCUCUCGUCUAAGAAAAUCACAAAACUGAAACAGACAGUAAGACACUUAUUGUUCUGCUUGUAACUUGAAGAAUUUAGUAUACGACACCGUACUAUAUUUCCAUCCUCCCAAAAAAGGAACGUGUACAUUUUUUGUAUUUGUAAUUCAGUGACUGACAGUAAUUUGGCUUUGUUCUUAUUUUAUGAAUGGGUAUACAUUAUUGGCAGUUGACAAGGGAACUUCACAGGCCUCAUUUGUGACAUCUGUCUGUGAUAUAAUUCAACCCAAACCGUCACACUGUAAGUACCAUGUUAGGUUCCAAACACUUCAGCGAUUUCCACUGAACUCAUACGGAUCAAGACUUGACAGAAACCGACAUGAACUCUACAGCAGACACUUAGCCAUUUUUCCACAAACAGAGAAAUUCUCUCCAUCAAGUGGAGACAUUCAAAACAGACUGUGGGGUGAGGCAUGCCACCCAGGAUCAGGGGAUAUUUUUAGGAAAGCUUCUUUUAUUUUUCUUUCUAACUUGCCAAGUUACCAGCUGUAGUUCAGCCAAACAUCGGUUCACACCUACCUAACAUGCACAAGACGACAUUUUCGGCAAGACGAGCUCGACAGUAUAAGCAGGCUGUUUAAAGUGAAGAUCCUGAUUGUGAGUUAUUACAAAAUUUCCCCCUUUCUCUGCACAUUCCAAGAAAAAGAAAAUCCCACCACCUAACAAAAUGGUAUCCAAACAGUGUAUUCUUCAGUGCUUCAUUUUCACAGCAACAGGCUCAUUCAGGGUCUAAAUGAACUUUGUUUUUGGUGUUGGCUGAUCUUUUUGUGUGCUUUCUUUGUAUCUUGAAGUGCAAUAACUAUAAUCAAACUUGAGAAUUAUUCAAAUUCGCAUGUUUUUAACUAUUACAGUACGUGUAAAAUGCUACUGGUGGAAGGAAAUCAGUUGGGAUGCAGGAGUGCUUGAGUUCCUGAACCCUUUUGAGCUUUCUGUAUUUUUGCAUACAUUUUACCCACACACGUUUUCUUUAACAUACUUUACGAAGAAAAUUAAAUUCAUUUAAUAUAUUCUGGAAAUGAUCCAAUGAUACAUGUCAAAAGUUGCCAUUAGAAUUGGACGUAUCCCCCAGAGACCAAAAACUGAAACAGAAAAUAGAUAACAUUUGAUUAAUUCUGCACAAUCUCUGCAAAAAUCACAUCACAUUUAGGAUUUUUUUAAGGGUUCAAAAACUUUCAAGCACUAGUGUGUAGGGCAAGCAAUGUGGUUACACCUUGUAACCUGUAGGUACAGGGAGAUCUUGCACAGGACUCAUUUUAGUCAGUAUUUCUAUGUAAUCCUGUUACUGUUUUAGGCUUUUUAUCCAUAACUCAGCAUAUCUUAUAAUUUCUGCAUCUAAAUUGUUUUCUGUGGUCUUUCUGAGGGCUUGGAAAAAAGCAAUUAGACUUUUUCUUGCAAGACGAAGAUACAAAAAGUUUAAAAAAUAAGUGAGAAUGACCACAUUCUGGUUGACUGAGGAUCUACACCAGUUCAUUUCUCUGGUUUUGUUAAACAGACUUAAAAUUUCCGUCAUUUCUAUUUCUCAAAGAAAUGCUCAUUCAUUUAAGAAAAAAGAGUUUUAACCCUGACUUUGUUUGCCAUGUGUCUGUAAAUGCCUGUAUGAUGGUGAGAAUGUUCAUGAAUCACCCAAACAUCCAUGCAGAUGUCCACACUGGCAGAUCAUUUGAUUGCUAAACUAUUUUAAAUUAAAUAAGAAAUAAGCAUGAUGUUUACCUCGCAAUGAAAGCUUCAGAACUCGUUUACUGUAGAUUUUGUAUGUGAUAUGCUCCUGUUAAACUAAGUCCAAAGAAGGCAUUCUGGUCCUUGGGGAUUUCAGCAUUUUGUUGCAGGCAAAUAUGAGCCAACUGCUAUUUAGAGAUUAAAGUUUAUUCUCUUUGGCAAUUAAAUGAGUUUGACUCAGACUUUUAAAACAUCCAAUCAUGUUGAUUUCCAGUUAACUCAAAUUUAGGCUAAAGAGUGCUCUAAACAAAUACUUUUACAAUUAAAAAACAGCCAAGGAUAUUUUACCCCAAAUGUGCAACACAGUAACUGACACGCUCUAAAAAGUCGUCUAAAUCUGAAGCCUAAUUCAAGCCAAAAAUCGCUGGGAGAAGCGUUACUACUCAGGAAAAACACCUCAAUCAGACAGCAACCCGUGGCACCUUCACGGUUAUUGCUGACCUCUCAAACGGCUGUAUGCAGAAAGGUAGUGCUGAACUCCAGAUAAAAGCAGCGUUUCCCAGCAGCAAAUGCAGCAUCCAGCCAAUAAGAGUGGUGGCAAUUAAAUCCAGGCAUCGGAAGAGAUAAAUCCUCUAAAAAUGCGAUGAUGACUGAGGUCAAGCGAGGGGAAUCAACACAUGUAAAGGAAAUGUAAAACCAAAGGCUUCUGGAGAAAGAUGAUCAACUAUGAGAUUAUCAACUGAUGGGUUUAAUCACUUUGGAAUUCUGUAUGGGAGGGAGAAGAGAAAAAAAAGGAGACUUUUAAGUGAUCUUUGACCUCACAGUGUGUCACUUAGAGAAUCGGGGGCUUGAAAAUUGGUUGCACAUGAAAGUAUGCAACAUAUUUCCUGAGAGGACUUGACAGGAGAAUUGCCUUAUUCAUGAGCAGAAGCUCUCAGGGGACGCUGACUGACAAGGCAACAAUAAUCCCUUGAGCAAACAAUUAUGUAAGGCUUUGCUCGCAAAAUUAAUCUGUGCUCUGCGAAUAAUAAAAAUAAUCUGCCUUUGAGGAACAUCAAAGGAGGUCAAAGAACCAGUUUUGAUUUAAUGGCUUGAGAAACUUUCCAAAGUCUUCCGCAUGGAAGAAAGAAAUAAAGAAAACUUCCCGAAUCCAACAGAUAAAGCACAUUGCAACAACUUGUUCCCAAUGAAAAAGGAAUGUUUAUUCUCAAUGAAAGCAGUCGUGGUAGCCUUUUCUUUUGUGUACUUCAUUAUUAAUAAAGAAAAUGUGGCUUUAAAGAGCUGAAUGCUUAUUUGUUUUACACUUUUUAAAAGUAAUUUCAGAAAGAAAAAAACGUAUCCAGGAAACGUGAUGUUGAAUAUUCAAAUGAAACUUUUUACAGUGUUAGGUUUGACAUUUUAAGUUGAUGUUACCUUUUCUUAGAAAAGGCUGAAUAAAUAUCUGAUAGCUUACC